AGUUGCUUUGAUUUUAGUUAUUCCUUACAAGAAAUUUAGUUACAUAGGGUUAAUAAAAUUAUUUUUUCAGGCAACUGAAUGUGCCUUCAACGUGUGGUCAGGGCAUGGCUACGUUCAUCCCAUGAGACAUGGCUCUGUUCUGCUCUUCAGUUUAUCAAUGGGGCUCCUGGGAUGGAUGUAUCACUCUGCACACCAUCAACCACCUCCAUUCCUUGCAUCCCUUAUAAAGUAUUUUGUGGGGGCAGGAGAGUGUGGGAGCCAAACUUCCUCAUUGACGCAAUCUGAGCCCACGAGCCAGCAGGGCCGUGAGACUUGGUUUGCACGCGUUUUGUGUAAUCCUAGACACAGGAGCUGCCCUCAUUCCUCAUCAUGUCUCCAUUACGCUCUAAAGGCGAUGGCAUCAGGAGGCGUCAAAGGGUUCUUGGGGAGCCUUGCGCUCAAACUUCUCUCAAUAGGGACACGCAGCCCUGCCUCUCUGCCUCGACUCGUCCUGAGCCCGACCUUCUUGCUGAAGCUGCUGCUCAACCCUGACCACUUACGGCUCGCGCUUUUUGUAGCGUGGUUUAGUGGGGCUUUCAGGUUUGGUGCUUGUGCCUGCCGACGACUCAGGAAUGGAGAGAGUCCGACCAAUGGAGCUGUCGCUGGAUCCCUUGCUGCCCUUGGCAUGUGGUUCAAUCCAUCACCAUCACUGGCCCUGUACUCAGCAUGGAAAACGCUCGAAGUUUUGUGUUGCAUGGGAGUAAAGAGUGGGCACCUGCCCGCCGUGCCAUAUGCUACGGAACUGCUCUACAGCAUCAUGACUGGCUACCUCUUCCAUGUAGCAGCUGUACAUCAACAAUACAUCAAACCAUCGUACUGGAGGCUCCUUCUCAACCUCACCGAUGGCAGGAUGGCGCAGUUCAACCGUCAUUUGCUGUACCCUUAUAAGAUGGACAGCGCUCGCAACUUCAAUGGCUUCUGGCCAGACUACAAACUGGAGGACCUCUCGCCAGCCUUCCUCCACGCUUACCCUGAUGGACUCGUUUCAAUACCUCAAUGAACUAUUGCCCCUUCAUGAGAAAACGCUGCAUAAGUUUCUCACAACUUAUGCAUUAUAUUAUUUUCGCGUAUAUUUUAAAAUUUACGAAGCUACUUGCUGACAGAAGUGAUCAAUUUUUAGCUUGCAAUGAUGACUUGUGUUGCACAACACACUUUAGUGUCAUGAUUGAUGUCAUCAAGCGAAUUUGAUGCGAUAUUAUACCAUAAGGACGAUGCAAAAUGGAUUUUACUUGAGUGUUGGGGCACGUACCUACGUGUAUUAGAGAGCUAGAUCAUUGAAAUUGAGGCUGAUGCGAUAUUAUUGAUGUGAUGUGUGCAUAUCACACACGUAUGUCUAUCUAUGUGGGGAUUUAUUAACAUUCGCCUCUUAUAUUUAACUUUUUCGUGGACCGACAUAGAAUUUAUUACUACUGAAAAAUUCACUUUACUUGCCGUAUAAAGGUUGUGUUUUAAAUUCUAUAUCAUGAGUUUUAUUCGUCGAGUCUGUUAUGUUGGUGAUACGUGCUGCUGCGCGCUGCAGUAUCAACGAUAAUUUUUAAAUAACAAAUCACGAAAGGUUAGUUUACCUGGGCAAUGUAUUUUAUAUUACCAUUAUAUAGUUUUUUAAAUCAUUCAAGAUGGAGUAUUCGAAAUUAUCAGAAGCGUGUGUUACAGUCUGCCAUGUUCGAUUGUUUAAAAUAUUCUCUUUUUAUAACUUUUUUAUAACUGACAAACUAGAACUGUUUCCUUCCUAGAAGUCGUAAUUUCUACCAAGUAACUCAUUUCGAAACUGACCGUCUUUUCAUUGUGGGACUCUGUUUGGUGUUUAUUGUUGGGU